AUGGCCACCAUCGCCCAGGCAAGGCCGAGGGCUUUUCAACAAUGGACUCGACAACUCGCCUUGGCAUACACAAACCAGGUCCGGAGGGCCUCCACCACCGUUGAGCCGUUCCGGCUAGCAAUCAUCGGCUCCGGUCCGGCUGGUUUCUACACGGCGUACCGUUUCAUGAAGAACAAUGAACACGCCAAGGUGGACAUGUAUGAGUCCUUGCCGGUUCCUUAUGGGCUUGUGAGAUUUGGCGUUGCUCCAGACCAUGCUGAAGUGAAAAACUGUCGAGAGAAAUUUGAAGAGGUAGCCGCUUCCCCUGACUUCACUUUCAUCGGCAAUGUCACCGUCGGUGCUUCUAGUGACCACCCAGACGGCGCCACCGUCCCCCUAUCCAGCAUUCUCCGCCACUACCACGCCGUAGUCUUUUCCUAUGGCUCCUCCGAAGACAGGAAGCUCGGCAUUCCAGGGGAAGAACUCAAAGGAGUCUUUUCAGCCCGUGAGUUUGUCGGGUGGUACAACGGCCUCCCAGAAUAUGCCGACCUCAACCCAGACCUUAGCCUAGGGGCGCAUGGUGACACCCUCAUCAUCGGCAACGGCAACGUAGCCAUGGACGUUGCCCGUAUUCUCCUCAAAUCCCCAGAAGAACUCGCCAAAACAGACAUCGCCGCCCACGCCCUUGACGCCCUCUCCAAAAGCAAAACCCACAACAUCCGCAUCAUCGGUCGACGCGGGCCCAUCCAAGCAGCCUUCACGACCAAAGAACUCCGCGCCCUCUACAAACUCCCGGGUGUCGAGGUCCGUCCUUAUGAACUCGAACACCCCACAGCCUACGACGUCCUCCCCCCACCAAUAAAGCGACGAACGGAGCUCCUCAGCAAGGGCUCUUCCCUCCCACCAAACCCGUCAAACCCCUACCCCUCCGUCACCUUUGACUUCUGUCUCUCCCCUCUCGAAUUCGACCACAAGCCUGAACAGCCCUCCUCCACCCCCCCAAACUGGGUCACCUCCGCCACCUUUGGCAAAACCGUCCUCCAAAACCCACACCAGCACCACCCCUCCACCGACUACGAAACAAACAACCACAGGGAAUACUACAACCAAAAAGCCACCGCCCGCCUCCCCCCCCAGCCCAAAACCGUCACCUUCAACACAAGGUACGUUUUCAAAUCCAUCGGGUACAAGUCCACACCCCUCCCCGAAUUCUCUCCCCUGGGCAUACCAUUCAACACCGCCACCGGCGUGAUACCAAACGACGGCAUCGGCCGCGUCCUCACCAAACUCCACCGCCCGCAUCAACUCCCCUCUUCUUCCCACCCUGCUCACCAUCAGCCACAUAUCGAGCUGCCGCAUCACUUCAAGGGGCUGUACUGUUCCGGCUGGGUGAAACGUGGUCCUCAGGGGGUGAUUGCCGAGACGAUGAUGGAUGCUUUCACCACGGCGGAUGCCAUCACCGAGGAUUUGACCAAAAUGGAAAAGUUUCUGCCGGAGGGGGAGUGGGGGCAGGAUGGGAAGGGGUGGGAGGCUGUCAAGGCGGAGGCUUUGAAGGGGAAUAGCAAUGCGAGGGUGGUUAGCUGGGAGGAUUGGAAGGCGAUUGACAGGGCCGAGAUUGAGAGGGGGCAGAAGGCCGGGACGGGGAAGGAGAGAGAGAAGUUUGUGAGGAGGGAGGAUAUGUUGGCUGUUUUGGGGGAUGGGGCGAGGUGA